UAAUAUAAAAUAGUCACACAGUAAAUCUAAAAGCCAAACAUUUAACAUUUGUUCCUUAAAAAAAAAAAAACAUUUGUGAAGGAGAGAUCUAACAGUUAUGAAGGAGUGAUCGAUACGUAGGAGGCUUAUUCUGAGCUGAAGAUUAAAGAUAGUAAGAUACAUGGAUGGAAGAUCACAAGCUUCGAAUCCUCUGUUUGAGCAAGGAGGUCCUAGAAUUUUCAGUGAUUUUGAGGAUGAAAGAUGUGGUAAUAACAACAGAAAUGCGGAAGAAAUCAAUGGAGAUGUCAUCGGAAGUUCAGAUGCUUUUGAAGGUUCACAUGAUCAACCUAAUGAAGUCAUUCCUAUUGUCAUAAAAGAAAUGGUUGAUAUAAUGAAGAUUGACUUGGAAAAUUUUUGCUUGGCUGAUGUAGAGAGAUAUGAAUUUGUUGGAUUGGAUGUUGCUUAUCUUUUCUACUCUUGGUUUGGUAGAACGUCGGGAUUUUCAGUUCGUAAGGGCCAAGUGGUUAGGGAUCAGAAUGGGGAGGAUAGGGGGUUAACCAUGGAAACCCGAAAGCGCGAGCCAAAAAAUGAAACAAGAUGUGGGUGUAAUGCAAAAUUUCGAGUCCAUUUAGAUAUUUUGGUUGUGUUUAGUAACACAAAAAAGCUAGCUUAUAGCUUGUUGGAUUAGCUUAUAAGCUCGUUAGACGAAAACGUGGCGUGUUUGGUAACAAGUUUUUUUCAUGA